ACGUGUUAUUAACUUAUAUAAUAUCAUAGUGUUAGUGAGAACGUGAUAUAUAAUAGUUGAUAACUCGAUAACAAUGGCAAGUGAGUUGAUAUCUCUGCCCUACGCCCUAUCAACCACACAAAGGGUAGUAGUAGUAGUAAAACAUAGGAACCACUUUGGACGCAAAACAGUUACUCAUGCCACUGCAAAAAUACAUUUCAUCUGUGGCUCCACCAAAAAGGAUGAUGGCCAGUUAAUUGGAAGGCGUUCAGCUAAUUACCAGCCCAAUCUAUGGACGUAUGAAUUUCUUCAUCAUCAGUCCCACCACAAUCAUCACGUGGUUGAAAGAAUUGAAGAAAGGGCAAAAAAGCUAGAGGAGAAGGUGCGAUACAUAAUGAUGAAUAGUUCAGACAUGGAGCCACUGAGCUUGCUUGAAUUCAUUGACGACCUUCAUCGGUUGGGCCUCUCCUACAAGUUCCCAAACCACAUCAACUCUGCUCUUUCCCGCAUUCAUUCUUCACAACAUAUGCUUCAUCAUACACAGAAAACACUACAUGCUACUGCUCUCCUCUUCAGAAUUCUCAGACAACAUUCCUUUCACGUCUCCCAAGGUGUAUAAAACUAAACACAUCUUCACAACUCCUUUAGAAAUUAGCAAACUCUAUCAAUCAUCUCAGUUUAUUUUUACUACUACGAUGAUUUUGUGAGGUGCAGAUGUAUUUGAAAGUUUCAACGAUGAUGAGGGAAACUUGAAGGCUGAAAUUGGCAAUGAUGUGCAA